AUGUCAUUCUUGAUGCAGAUAUAUGCACCAUGGGAGGAACACAAACACUCCUAUCAUCGUUCACUGUUCUUGUUCUGUUGCAACAAGGGUUCAUGUGGACAGUACAGAGUGUUCAGAUCACAGUUGCCACAGAUCAAUCCAUACUAUGAGAGCGAUCAGGAGGAGUCAUGUUACGACAGUGACUUCAAGGUUAGCGAGAAUAAGUUAUCGGCACGUGUCACUCAAUGCACCUUUUGUGCCUUCAAGGCACCCAAUCACUGUGGCAAGUGCAAGAUGGUGCACUAUUGUUGUCGCGAUCAUCAGACCACCGAUUGGGAUCUCGGACAUCGAGAGCAGUGUAACAAGAAGGACAUGUCAAUUCCCAAGCGCAAGUCAGAGCAUCACUACAAGGAGAUGAUGAUCGUCAGGGAGGAGAAGGUGUUGCGACCAAUUCAGAUAAAGGCAAAGAUUGCCGAGAAGACCAACACAGAGGACAGUGACAGCGACGAUGAAGAUGAGGACGACUAUGAAGACGACAAGGCUCAGACAGACAAGGUGUCAGAGAUCGAUUGUAAAGCACUGGCCAUCGCAGAUAACUCUGCAGAGAUACCAGUCGACCACCAGACUCUAGACAACUACCAUGACUACAUCAACCAGACUGGAAAGAGCGACGAGUACACCGAGAAGACAUUCACCAACCUGAAGGAUCGCCAGCUGGCCAUAUUCAACAGCGCAAUACGUUCAGACAAUGACCAGGUUAUGAGAUACUGUCGAGAGAGUAACUACCAGGUGUUGUGGAUUUCGGAUAAGAACGUACCAUCCGAAGAGCAGAUACCCGUCUGUCCUCUUUGUAACUCGACGAGACAUGUCGAGCUUCAGGUGAUGCCACAGCUACUACACUUUUUGGACGUUGACAGCACACAGAUUCAAGCGAUCACCUCCAUCGACUUUGGCAUACUGACAGUGUACACAUGCAGCAACAGCUGCACAUUUAACUCGGCCAAUGGUCUACAAGAGGAGUUUGUUUGGAAACAAGACUUUAUAAUGUCUAGAGAAGUAUCUGGUAGAUAUACAUUGACUUGGAGUCAGUUUGAACAACAAGCUAAAGAUCUAGAGUCAAAGGCUGCCAAACAACAUACAACUACAGUAGAUAAAGAUGAUGAUGGCAACAGCUCUUGGUAUUGGACGACUGUUGACCAAGUUGGAGGUAUCAACAACAAACAAGGUUGUCUUGUAUUAAAGUCUAAUAGAUUAAUAUCGAAUCAAAGUAGUAGUAGUAGUAAUCAAUCAGCUAUCCAGUUGGAUGAGCAACAGACGAAUGAUCUUGUAAAUGACCCUAUUGAGGAGUAUGAUGAUAAACAAACUAUAAAGAUACUAGAAAAGACCCAGCAGCUGACAACUACACUUGAUACAAUGUGUCAGUUUGAAUAUCACAUCGUGUACAGUACAACAUACCAAGUGCCAGUCAUACUCAUCAUUCAUGAAAUGGGAUGA